AUGGCGAUGAUGAUGACUGGCCGUGUGCUGCUGGUGUGUGCCCUCUGCGUGCUGUGGUGCGGUGCCGGCGGUGGCUACGCUGAGGAUGAUGAUGUUGUUUUUGGUCAUCCCGGAACUCGUGGCGAACGUGGAGGUGGAGCUGUCGGUGAAUCUCCUCCCGCAGGUGGGAGUAAUGGUGGCAGUGGAGGUUCAAAGGCUGAUAGUCCUCAUGGAAGUGAAAGUGAACCCUUAGAUUCUACUUCUGAUGAAGAAUCAUCAUCUCUCGAUAUCGAUCAGGAAUUGGAUCCAAAUCCGCCUGAGGAACAUGUACUCCAAAAGGAAGUGGACCCCAUAGGAAAACAGGAUCACUCAGAAUCAGGGCCUCAAGAUGCAUUGCCGCCUGAUGCGAAUGGAACGGUAACACU